CGUGUGUCUACGACCGCCACGUUAAAUCCAAUUGUCAAAAAAAAAAAAUCAGUUCUCUGGUGCUGCGUACCACCAAUUCAGUUCUCUUGACUAUAGAUCCAGACUUAGACUCUACUCGCUUGGAAAUUCCUCUCACAGAACAGUGUAGUAGCAGUAUGGUGCUGCUAUGGGGGGGGGGGCGGGGGCUGCAUAUCCGCCCUUAACGUUCCCAAACCAAUUAAAAGAGAAGCGCCACGGAACCAGCAGAGCUCUCCAGAAAUGACUUGCCACAAGAAAAAUCGAUACGAGAAAAACUCCGAUGCUGUUUUUCCCCCACCACUCUGGCUUAUUUUGAUAAUCUAGAAUAGCUGUAUCUGAGAGUCUUGCCUGCACUACAUCUAUAUUCAGAUCAUCGUUUAAGAAGUCAGAUCCGAUAGUGAGUGUAUUUUAAUCGAGUUAUUUCAAAGUCUUUUUUUUUUUCGUCAAAAAAUAAAACAAAACAAAAGUAGUCAAAUAUGGCUGCUUUUGUGAUACACGUGAUUUUUAAGACUAGCAGAAACAAAAGUUGAACUGUUUAAAGAAAAAAAGAAACGAAACAUUGAAAAUAUGGCACAAAAAUAGCUGAACAUUGUUCAUGGAUCAUAUUCUAAUUAACGAGAGAUAUUGUGUGUCUAUUCUCGUCUAGAAACAAACUCAACGAUCUGAUAUUCCAUAUUUAGUUUCGUUUAAUUAUUGCGCAAUUUGGAAUUCUAUAAGGAAAAAGAAAAACAGGAAGUGAUUCUAUAUAUUCCAACUUUCAUUGUGUGUAAGUCAUCUUUAUAGCCACGGAAAAUCCCGUUACACGUUUGAUGUCCUUUGUGUUUAGAUUUAAGCAAUAGUUCAUAAUGAGAUUUGUUUCAUCUAUUGACAAUGAAAAAUGCAUUUCAUAAUUAGUCCGUUAGUCAGUAACCAUUCUCCAAACUAUAGUUAAUAAAAACACAGAUAUGUAGCCUCCAUAGACAGUUGGAUAAACAGAAUGUGUAUACUGGUAAAAACACGUAUAGACAAAGAUAGGUAGAUAGCUCGAUAAGUAGAUAGAUAGGUAGCAAACUGAUAUUUAGAUAGAAAGAAAGAGAUAUAAUUUAAUAUUAACAAAAACAACUAUACACCGCCUAACACCGCGAGCUUUUUGGCGUACCGGUGUACAGAAUAGAGGAAGUGCUGCUAAGCUAGUUGUUUUUUAAAAGGUAUAUGAUCAAUUUUGUGCACAUUUAAGCACUGCAGAAUCUUUUUUUUUUUAAAGUUAUUCCGUUUAUAGCACACGUUAUUUAAAUUCCAUUGUGAUUCUGAUUUUUUUACAGUUAGACAUAAAACUUAAUGUAAACCUCAACUAAUUAGUGGUAAUAAAUGAGAUUUAAUACAAAGAUCAACAGUCACGCAUUAAGAUAUUGUCAAAAUGAAAGCUCAAUUCAUUUUGAUUUAGUUGGCAGUAGCGGAUUUAAAUUUAGCGUCUCUGACAAUGUUUAGUUUAACAUGAAAAAAAAAAAAGGUUUCUCUACAGUAGCUAGACUCGGUAUAGGACAUAUUCAAUAAAUGGAGAUUAAUUAAUUUAUAUAUGUUCCUAUUUAUCACAUUACAAUAAAUCUAUUUGUUUCAAAAUCCUCUAAAUGAUGUAUUCAAACUCUAAUUUUCAUAAUCUUUUGUACAGUUUAAAAAAAAAAGAUAUUUUUUCGAUUCAAAUCUAUUUCUAAAAUUAUAUUUGCCAAAAUUUGCAUACAUUUUCAUAAAAAAAUUAUAUAUAAUGAAGGCAUCAACUAAUAGGAAACAAUUAUAAUAAAGAAAAAAAAAACUAUUACUAUCUCAGGUUUUGCUGAAUUAUUCAUAAAAUAUCAGUCUGUGUGACAACUAACAAUGUCCGGAAGUAACUCCACGAGUAACACCUUAAGCCCUUUUGACCUUAACGGUUUGGGCAUGGGGUUCGGUCUUUACCGGCCCAGGCGUCCCAGCUACACGUUCGCAACCAAGUACAACCGCCAAAGGAGUGAGAGCUAUCGCUACGCCACCCGUAGAGAGAACCCAGAGUCCACAUCGGAAGCCAGCAACGGCGAAGACUUUAUAGAGGGUGUGCUACGCAACAAAACGAGGCGGAACAACUUGGUGGCCACGGCGACGCCGCUGCGACUCGACGAGCAAGGGUCACCCCCGAAAGUCGGGGUCGUGCUGUCGGAUGAUGACCAGGUGGCCCCUGCCAAGGUGGACCACGAAGAGGACCUUUACGUGGCAGAAGACCUCCACCGCUCUCUUCAUUCCACUUCCAAGCGAGACGUCUCGCUCAACUCUCUAAACAACCACGGCCACCUGACCUUGCAGUACUCCAGCAGUGACGAUGACACCUGCACCCAAAUUAAUAUAAACGACAAUCACAAAUGCUCCGCCCACCGCGAGCUGUCCGCCAAUCAUUCCGCCACUUCUGCAGCGCGUAAAAUGAAGCGCAGCAAAAGUCGCGAAGACUCCCUGGAGCAGACGAAGCCCCUGGCCCAGACCAAGACAUCGCAAGGGAAGUCUGCCGGAAGUGAACAGUCCCAGAACGCAAUUCCCGCCGUUUCCUUCAACAAAAAUCUAAUCAUUUUGUGCAUUAGUUUCAUUUUAAUUUUCUCCUCGUUUCGCGCCAUUCAGAACCUUCAAUCUUCAAUCAAUACUGAAAAUAAUCUCGGGAUUUUGACUAUGAUGGUUGUUCAUUUGUCUAUGAGUCUCGCAUGUUUCCUCGCCCCCAUUAUCGUCAACAUUUUCACUGCCAAAUGGGGGCUUUGCAUUGGAAUCCUUUGUUUCUUAAUCUGGUUUGGCGCCAAUUUCCAUCCUACUUUUUACACCCUCGUUCCCACCUCUUUGCUGGUCGGGUUCGGGCAGGGUAUUCUCUGGAACGCUGAGAGCUCUUACAUUUUGAAGCUAGCCUUCGACUCGUCUAAGGUCACCAGAGGUCACCUGGAUCGCGAGAUGUUUCGUUUUCACGGGAUCUUUCUCGCGUGCUUCCAGACGACACACAUUUGGGGUAAUCUGAUUUCCUCACUAGUUCUCUCGCAGAAGUCUAAUGAAAUUCUGGAGGCGGUGGCGGCCCCGCCCGUGGAGUUCAGUGCCAGUUUGGACUACGAGGGCGUCCUGUCCAACGAAAGUAUAGACCAGAGUACCGUGGUUGUGGUGCAGUCGGCGUGUGGCGCCCUAAAUCGAUGCAGAGCGCCAGUGAAUAUUUUCCUUAACACGCCACCUGAUCAGAAAGUACUCAGUUCCGUUCUAUGGAAGCUGAUGACGUCAUACCUGGUUUUAGGCGUAGUCUCGUUUGGAUGUAUCUUCCUUCUUUUAGACAGGAUCGGAGCGAGAUCUGACCCAGACAAGUCCCCGAAACAGAUAAUCGAACAACAUGUAAGCCAACUUGUUCGGCACCCAACUCUACGUCUGCUGAUUCCACUGUUAAUGUUUAAUGGUAUGCAACAGGGAUUUAUUUAUUCCGACUACAAUCAGUACUUCGUGACGUGUAGCCUAGGUGUCAACUAUGUUGGAUACUGUAUGAUUACUUUAGGCGGCUCUACGGUGCUUGGCGCAAUAUUUGUGGCUAUCUUCUCUCACAAAAUCCCGCGAGAAGUCGUGCUGGGGUUUGGAGGAAUCGUGCACAUUGCCUUGAUGAUAGGAUAUUUGAUAUGGAUUCCAGAACCAAAACCAGCGUUAUUCUUCAUUUUAGCCGCAGCCUGGGGAGUCUGCGAUUCUGUGUGGCAAACACAAUGCAAUACUUUGAUAUGUUUGACAUGUACCGAUGCUCCGGAUGUGGCUUUCACCAACCACAGACUUGUACAGAGCCUGGGCCUGGCCUUUAUGUUUGGUUCGGGUACCUACAUCUGCGUCUCCACCAAACUGUACAUCCUCAUGACGUUGCUGGUCAUCGCCAUCAUGUUUUACGUUCUGGCGGAGUAUAGACUCCGGAACCACGAGGACGAAGUGUUUGAAGAGUCUUGAGAGCCGACAACUCAACUCCCUGAAGUAAAGUUGCUUUAAAACCAAGAAAAGAUUUGACCAGAUCGAGCAUACCUGCACCUGCUUACGAUGAAUUGUUGCAGACAUGGGCUCAUACUAAAUUUAGGUCUCUAUUAUGGCUUGUGGAACAUCAGAAAUCUGGCCAUCGUCAUGACAUAGAUAUUCCACUACUAAAUGCCAAAAUGGAUAAUUAGAAUGAGUUGCAAAAACUGAUAUGGUGAUUAUGCCAGGACGUGAUUUAAAGAAAAGACCAAAAUGUGAUAGAGGAAAGCCAAAAAUCAUUUUUAUGAAAGAGAUGUCAAAGAAAAAGAAGAUUUACUAAAAAAGCAAAGAAGAAAUAUAUUAUUUGUUACUUUUUUUUUUUUAGAAAUUCUAUUUAUUUUAUUUUUCAUUUUAUCUCUCGGUGAAAUAUCGUGUCCACUUGUUUUGUAUAAAUAUUCAUUACCUAAACUUGUGAAGUCAUGCCAUGAGAAUAGUGCAUCUCAAAGCCAUGUUAAUCUCCCCUUCCUAAAUAAAAUAUUUUCUUGUAAAUG